CUGAUAGAAGACUUUAACAAGCGUGAGCAGCGUGCUUACUGGAAUUAGACUUUAAUGUUAACGUUACCCUUCCCGCAAUCUGUCCGUUGAUAGGAUAUAGGAGGAACAACAGGCGCUUUGCCAACUUUAUUUCCUGGCUGGAGAGACAAUCGUGAUAUUAAAUCCCAUGUACCUAGCAUUAGCCUGCCAACUCUAGCCCUCAUAGGCGGCUAGAGGAAUGCUGUCAUUUAGUUAGGCUGAUAUCUUUUCCCAUUUAGAUUACCCACAUAUCAGCAAGCACAAUGAAUUUACUACCAUCCAAUCCACACGGCAAUGGAUUACUUCAUGCUGGAUUUAACCAGGAUCACGGAUGUUUUGCAUGUGGAAUGGAGAAUGGAUUCAGGGUAUAUAACGCGGAUCCCCUUAAAGAAAAGGAAAAACAAGAGUUUCUUGAGGGAGGAAUUGGUCAUGUGGAGAUGCUUUUUCGGUGCAAUUAUCUUGCGCUUGUUGGAGGUGGAAAAAAACCCAAAUAUCCUCCCAAUAAAGUGAUGAUUUGGGAUGACCUCAAGAAAAAGACUGUGAUCGAGAUUGAGUUUUCAACAGACGUUAAAGCUGUUAAGCUACGGCGUGACAGAAUUGUGGUUGUCCUGGAUUCCAUGAUAAAAGUCUUCACAUUUACACACAAUCCUCAUCAGCUGCAUGUCUUUGAAACAUGCUAUAACCCUAAAGGUUUGUGUGUCUUGUGCCCGAACAGCAACAAUUCAUUGCUAGCAUUCCCAGCAACUCACUCUGGACAUGUUCAGAUUGUAGACCUGGCCAACACAGAGAAACCACCAGUUGAUAUUCCUGCCCAUGAGGGCGCUCUGUGCUGCAUCGCCCUCAACCUACAGGGCACGCGGAUAGCAACAGCAUCUGAAAAAGGGACUUUGAUCAGAAUAUUUGACACCUCAGCAGGUCAUCUUAUUCAGGAGCUAAGAAGAGGAUCACAAACUGCCAACAUAUACUGCAUCAACUUCAAUCAGGACGCAUCUCUUAUCUGCGUAUCCAGCGAUCAUGGAACAGUCCAUAUAUUCGCUGCAGAGGAUCCCAAAAGAAACAAGCAAUCCAGCUUGGCAUCAGCCAGUUUUCUACCCAAGUAUUUCAGCUCCAAAUGGAGUUUCUCCAAGUUCCAGGUCCCAUCUGGUUCUCCGUGUGUCUGUGCCUUUGGAACAGAACCCAAUGCUGUUAUAGCUAUUUGUGCUGAUGGCAGCUACUACAAGUUUUUGUUCAACCAGAAAGGGGAGUGCUCAAGAGAUGUUUACGCACAGUUCUUGGAAAUGACCGACGAGACGAUCUGAGUGUCGACCCUACUUCACUUAAUAAGUUUCAGUUUUUUUCUCCAAGUUAAAGGAUAUCCAAGUACUCGAGUGGCAUUCAUGUGAUAGACUCUUUUUUUUUUGGAGAUCAUCAUGUCACUGAUAUGGAGGAGAGACCAAAAGACACUCUAAAUUAUCUCUUCAUUCAAACUAUAAGAGACCUGAAAAACCAGAGAGAUGACUGAAUAACUGGGACUACAGAGGACUGAAGUACUGGAGAAAAGGGAUAUCUUAUUUUUUGGAAAACAGGUUUUUAAACGUCUUCCAUGGGAUUUUUUUAAAGCGUUGGAUGUCCUUGGCUAGGUAGCAAGAGCGAUUGUCUUUGUCCACUAACAAAAACCUAAUCUAAUGUAGUGCCUCUAUAUUAAUGAUGAGAGGAGCAUCAUUCACAGUAUGUAUUUACAAACUACUUGGUAGUGUUAGGUAUUGUUUAACAUGCGGUAUGAACACAAAAUACCAUUGAAAAUUAUGUAACUACAUAGACUAACAGUGUAUAGACUAGUUUAACAAAAACAUUUUAUUGUGUAAAUGUGUGCUCCUCAUUUCGAGUAAUGCAGUUUUCUUUAUUUUUUUUUGGAAGUUGUUGUUGAACUUUAAGAGGAAGAAAUGUAUUCUCAUUGCUCUGUAAUAAGUUCUGUAGUUUUCCUCCAACCAAAAAUGAAAAUUCUGUCUUGAAUUGUUCCAAUGUUCCAAACAUGUAUACAUUUCUUUGUUCUGAUAAACACAAUAAAAGAUCAUUGGAAAAAUGUUAAUAACUGACAUUUCUGGGACAUCAAUGACUGCCAUAGUAGAAAAAAAUAAAAUGACAGUUAACGGUGCACUGUUUGCUUUCCUAAAUUCUUCAAAAUAUCUCUUUUUGUUCUGUUGUUAACAGAACAAAAAAAAUGAUACAAUCAUUUUUCCUACUAUGGUAGUCAAUGAUAUCCCAGAAAUGUCAGUUGCUAACAUUUUUCCACAUAUCUUUCUGUGUUCAUCAGAACAAAGAAAUGUAUACACCUUUGGAACAACUUGAGGGUGAGAAUAUGAUGACAGAAUUUUCAUUUUUGGGUGAACUAUCUCUUUACGCCAAUGUGCUAUUACAAACAAACACAAAACGUAUAAAAUUACAAAUUUGUCAUACAUAUAAUCCAGUUUUGGUCCUUAUUGAUUAAAAUAAAAUAUAAGAAACUGUAAUAAAAAUAUAUGUUCUCAUCCGAAAACGAAUCGAGAAUAACUGCAUUGCAAGGUUAUAUGUAAACAAUUGUCUGGAUGUAAAUUAAAUACAUCCAGUGGUUGCAAAUGAACACAAACCAGAAUGAGCACUUCAUAUGUUGGUAAAAAUACUUUUUCAUACCAAAUCAAACCACUAAAUGCCCUCAGCAUUCUCUUUUAAAGACUAUUGCACUUACCAAUGUGCCCGGUCUUAUCGUCUGAUCGUGUAGUGAUUUUGUAUUUUAAAUUUAUUAUUAUUUUAAUGCUAUUUGAAAUUAAUAUGUAAGCAAUUUUGUUACUCAUUUAAUGCUUAAAUGUGCAAGUGAUUGUUGCUUUAUUUUAAGAGUAUGAUGUUCAUAUGCUGUUUGACUGUGAGACCUGAAGGAAUGCCCACAGAAAUCAGCCUCAUACAAAUUAAAAGCAGAUUGUACAAUUAAGAAUGGAAAAUCAUUUGUAAUGAACUCCAUGCUGACACUAUGACAUGCAAGUUUACCACAGCUGAAAUUACUCUCUUAGAGCACUUGCAUUUGUCAUUUAGUAUUUAUGUUAGAUGCACAUUCUCUCUUCAGCUGAUUCUUCUCUUUAAUUGUUUUACUGUGUGAAAAUGAUUGUCAUGUCAUGUUGAAUGUGCAAUGCAACGUACUAGCAUCAUCGCAACAGGGCACGCGCCUUUAAUAUCAGACUGCCGUAAUGUUCUACUCGGCAAUUGUGAAUUAAAGGUGGGUGCUACAAAGUUUUUCUACAUUAUAUUAACGUUACAUCGCACAAUCAUUGUCAGGGCGAUUAAAAUCAAAUGGUUAUUAGCGGGUCAUUGUAACAUAAUUUCAGAUAUUUUGGAGCUCGUCAUUGAAUUGUAAUUACGUUGCUGCCUACAGAAAACAUGUAACCCUCCAGAAUGUCGUCACCAAUACUACCUCAAACUCCUCGCAUCGCCAAGACGCCAAUCCGCCUGUUACAACACACCAAUUACAUGCGUGUCAACAAGCCCACGGUGCAACCAACCUAAACAC